UCUAUGAAGUUCUACGACGUCUCAAAUAAUCGUUUGACUGGAGUUAUUCCCGAGCAAAUUUGCAAUGCCAGGUCUCUCAUGUCUCUCGAUUUGUCUGGCAACGACAUGACAGGACAUAUACCAGGCUGUGUGGGGGAUCAACUAGGCAAAUCUCUACAACUUCUGAAUUUGCGAGGUAACAAUCUCAGUGGCACCAUUUCAACAAAAUUCACAACAUCUUGUAAACUCAAGAUGAUCAACUUGAGCCAAAAUCAAUUAGUAGGUGAACUUCCGAGGUCACUGGUGAACUGUACAAUGCUUGAGGUACUUGAUAUUGGGAGAAACCAUAUUAACGAUUCUUUUCCAUCAUGGUUAGGAGAACUUCCAAAGUUGCAAGUUCUUGUGCUAAGCCAUAAUCAUUUCUAUGGAGCCAUACCAUAUCCUAAAUCUGGUCACAGUUUUCGGCACCUGCGAAUAUUUGACCUGUCCCAUAAUCUUCAUAUAGGAGCUCUACCAUAUGAAUACUUUCGAAAUUGGCCUACAAUGAAAGUAUCAAAGGAAGACCAAUUGGGUUCAUACAAUACUUUGAUUACUCUAUUUUUUCAGGUGGGUACAGGUUCAGUCAUUUCAGAACAGAGUUUCGAGUACUCCAUCACUAUAACGAAUAAAGGGAGCGAAAUUCUGUACCCAAAGAUAUUAAAAGUCUUUAGGGUCAUUGAUUUAUCAAACAACAAAUUCACAGGCAAAAUUCCAGAUGUCAUAGGGGAUCUUAAAGGACUUCAAGCACUCAACUUAUCUAACAACAAUCUUGAAGGUAGAAUCCCGCCUUCUAUAGCGAACAUAACAGACCUCGAGUCACUAGAUCUUUCACUUAACAAACUCUCUGGUGUCAUCCCUCAAGCGCUAUCAGAAUUGACAGCGCUUGAGGUGUUCAAUGUGUCUUACAAUGAUCGUCUCACAGGGCCAAUUCCACAAGGAAACCAAUUCAAUACUUUUGAUGAUACUUCUUUUCAAGGGAAUGAAGGAUUGUGUGGAAGUCUACUGUCUAAGAAGUGUGAAAAUACAGAUACAAUGCAAGUGUCACCACCAGCAAUGGAAAGUGACGAAAGCUAUGAGGACUCGGAGUUGAUUGAUUGGAUCGUCAGAUCAUUGGGUUGUAUAAGCGGGAUCAUAGUUGGGUUUAUCAUCGGAAAAAUCUACAUCACUGAUAAGUACCAUGAAUGGUUUAUGGAGACCUUCGGGAGGAGGAGGACAAUGAGGAGAGUUAAGAGAUCAUAAAGACACACACAGUCA